AUGCAACAACAACAACAAACUAUAUUACCUUCUAGCUAUCCUGCAGCAUUUUAUGAAGAUUUUACCUCAAGAGUAUGGUGUACCUACCGACACAAUUUUCCACAAAUAAAACCAACUACUUAUACAAAUGAUGGUGGUUGGGGCUGUAUGUUGAGAUCUAGUCAAUCUUUACUUGCGAAUGCUUUAUUCAUUCAAUUUUUAGGAAGAGACUGGCGUAGAGUACAUAAAGGAGAGAAAACUUGGGAUAAAUAUGUAGAGAUUAUAAGAUGGUUUGUAGAUGAUAUGUCAUCAAAUUGUCCUUUUUCUGUUCACCGUAUUGCUUUAUUAGGCAAACAACUUGGGAAGAAUAUUGGUGAAUGGUUUGGUCCAUAUAUAGCUUCUCAAGUUGUAAAAGCAUUGGUAGAAAAUUUUUCAGAUGCACAAUUAAAUGUAUACAUAGCUACUGACGGAGUAGUAUAUAAAAAUGAUGUUUACAAAACAGCCCAAAAUAAUCUUUUAAAUAAAGAUUUUCAAUCAAUAUUGAUUUUGAUAUCCAUUAGAUUAGGAAUAAACAAUUUAAAUCCCAUAUACAAUGAGGCUCUUAAGGAAGGCCAUAUUGAAGGAGUAUUAUCAAUUAAAAGUGUUACAUUUCAAGGAGAAAAUUAUUACAUAAGUUCGAGACAAGAUGGAAAUUUUUGUUAA